AUGACGCCCCUCAGGGCGAGCUUCACACCCAUGAAGCGGGCGAAGAAGUACGAGAUAGGCGAGCAAAAGGAGCUGAUUGAUGUGUUCCUUCGUGUGCGUCCCGUGUCGGAAGGCCAAAAGUCCAUGCUCAUCGACUCCACCACCACUUCCAUUGUUGUGCCGACCAAGGACCGCACCGAGCAGACCACAUUCUCGUUCAACGAAGUGUUCACCGAGGACGCGAAUCAAGAGAAGGUCUUCGAGCGCGUGGCACAGCCCCUCGUCACCGAUUUUCUCGAGUCUGAUCGCAAUUGCUUCCUAUUUGCCUACGGCAACUCCAAUGCAGGCAAGACGUAUACGAUCUACGGCCAAGAUGAAGAGGAAGGUAUACUGCCUCGGGUUGUCAAGCAGAUCCUCGCUCAGGUCCGCCCGCAGCUGCGGAAGAAGCAGAUGUUCCUGCUUGCGAGCUUCGUGGAGGUCUACGGCGAGUCUUUCUACGAUCUCCUCAACCAGCGCGAGAAGCUGAAACUCAAGGAGGCGGCCAACGACAAGGGCACCUACUUUGGCGGCGUGUCGGAGCAACCGAUCGGAACCAUGGAGGCCGCCACUCAGGUGGUGGAGCAGGGCCUCAAGAACAGGCAGGUGGCAGGCACCCAGCUCAACCACGACUCGUCGCGGUCGCAUUCACUGUUCACCAUCAAGCUGGUGAAGAUCAACCCGGGCUACACACUCGAGAUGGUCAGGAACAAGGCGCCCAACUGUACUACGACAGUCCAGUUCUGCAUCGUCGAUCUCGCCGGCUCCGAGCGAGCCAAGCGCACACAGAACACCGGCACCCGCCUCAAGGAGGCCGGCCACAUCAACAACGCCCUCAUGACCUUCCGUAAGUGCGUCGAUGCCAUCGUCGCCAUCCAGCGCGGUGCCACCAACAUAGUCAUCCCGUACCGUGAGUCGAAGCUGACGCAGGCUGUGCGAGACUUCUUCAUCGGCCAAGCCAAGGGCCGGAUGAUCAUCAACAUCAGCCCCGCUGAGGAGGACUUUGACGAGACCAUCCCCGUUCUGGACUUUGCCAACACGGCUAAGGAGGUGAGCACCAACAUGAAGCGAGCCGGACGAGUGCCCGCUACGCCUAUGUCGGUGGCCCGCCCUGCUGCCCCGAGCGCUGAGCUGGGUAACGCCCGCGGGACGAUCGAAGAGCUCACGCGUAAGCUGGAGGAGAUGCACCAGCGCCUCUACGACAAGGACGUCGAGUUGGCCAACAAGGAGAUGGAAGUGAGGGACGAGUGCACGUCGGUGAUGGCCAAGCGACUGCAGGAGAUGGAGGUGAUGGGCCGCGAGAGCGUCGAGCGAGCUCGGGCCUUCGCCGAGGACAAGUACGAGCAGAAGAUUGCCAUCCUCAGCCAGUUCAUCCAGUUCCAGGACUCGCAGCCGCAACAGCCGACGCAGUCGACCAAGCCCGCUCUCGAGGAGCUCGCCGCGCAGAUGGACGCCAACCACUGGAAGUGCCAGUACAAGGAGCUGGAGCAAACAGUCGCGGCCAAGGACAAGACCAUCAAGUCGUUGCAGAUUCAGCUGAUGGACAUGGAGAAGUACCGCAAAGAGUUGAAGUCCUGCCAGGCCCAGCUGGCGGAGCUUAGGAAGGGCACGGCGACCGUCGGACAGUCCACGCCCACGCGCCUGUCCCCCAUUCCCACGAUCGUCGUCACACCGCCCAAGGAGGACACUGUCACCGACCUCCGCUCCGAGGAGACCCUGUCGGACGACGAUGCCUUCCAGCAGUCAAGCAAGCGCGCUGGCACCGCCAAGAGGGGAGCUGCGGCUCACGACAGCCCCUACGAAAGCAAGACCGCCAAGCGGAAGAGAGACGGCCAGCAGAAGACGCGGAAGCACGUGUCCGACGAUUCGUCUGACGACUCGAACGUGGAGUCGGCAUCGGAGGACGAGAAGGAGACGCGGAAGCCGAAGAAGGCGGUGAAGAAGGUGGCCAAGACCGCCGCCAAGAAGACUGCCGCCAAGAAGGCCACCAAGGCGCCAGCGAAGAAGAAGAGGAAGAGCGAGGAGAGCGUCAGCGACGAGAUGGACGAGGAGGAGCAGGCAUCGAGCGACGAUGAAGAGGCCUCCUCCUCGGGACAGAAGCACAAGAAGGGCGGAGGCACCCUCAUCAGGCAGAAGGCCAAGCAAGCCAGCAACCUCUUCCGGGACGCCUUCACGCCCGAGAAGAGGCUCAAGAAGAAGAUUGAGGAGUCUCCUUUGAAGCUCAUGGAAGAUUCGUUUGACAAGGAGAACGCGCCCUCCAAGGUGAAGCCCGCGACCGUGGCCAAGCGCACUCUCGGCCGACGCACCAAGCUCGUCAACUGA